GGCGCGUGUUUCAUUCAGUCUAGGAGCACGGGGAGACGGUCACCGCAACUUCAGGGCUAGCUGAAGGUUGAGGAAGAAUCGUCGGACUGUCGGCACCCGGGGGGAAAAGGUCUGGGGACUGGUGAGAGCAAGAACCGGGAAUGCAGGAUGGCGGCGGCAAGAAAGGAAGAGCUUGCUGCAAGUGAAGCCAUGUGCCUGGAGGGAGAUGAGUGGGAGCUGAGUAAAGAAAACGUACAGCCCUUGCGGCAUGGCCGGAUCAUGUCCACACUUCAGGGGGCUCUGGCACACCAGGAGUCGGCCUGCAACAGGACUCUUCAGCAGCAGAAGCGGGUGUUUGAAUCCGAAAUCCGCUUUUACUCUGGAAGUGACCCUCUGUGUGUGUGGGACCGGUAUAUUAGCUGGACAGAGCAGAACUAUCCUCAAGGGGGAAAGGAGAGUAACAUGUCAACGUUACUAGAGCGAGCUAUAGAAGCUCUACAUGGAGAGAAGCGUUACUAUAGUGACCCCCGCUUUCUCAACCUCUGGCUCAAAUUGGGCCAUCUGUGCAAUGAGCCCUUGGAUUUGUACAGCUACUUACACAGCCAGGGGAUUGGUGUCUCCCUUGCCCAGUUCUACAUUUCAUGGGCUGAAGAAUACGAAGCUAGAGAAAACUUCAAGAGAGCAGACGCAGUGUUCCAGGAAGGGAUUGAACGCAAGGCCGAGCCCCUGGAAAGACUGCAGUCCCAGCACAGACAGUUCCAGGCCCGAGUGUCCCGACAAGCUCUCUCGGCACUUGAGAACGAAGAGGAGGAGGAGGAGGCCUUGGGGUCCUCUGUGCCACAGAGAAGCACACUAGCUGAGCUGAAAAGCAGAGGGAAGAAGAUGGCGAAGGCGCCCAUCAGCCGAGUCGGAGGUGCUCUGAAGGCUCCAGGUCAGAGCAGAGGGUUCCAGACUGCAGUUCCUCAGCAGCUGCACAGUAACUGCAGGAUCACUGUUUUUGAUGAAAAUGCUGACAGCACUUCUAGGGCAGAGUUACCUAAACCUGUAGUCGAGCCGUGGAAGGCACCCCCCGUCCCAAGGGACAAAGAGAAUGAGCUACAGCCAGGCCCGUGGAACACAGACCGACCCUUGGAAUACAGGCCUCAUGGCAAUUCAGCCUCUGCAGCAGCCGUGUUCCCUUCGCUUCCCAGCUUUACUCCCUAUGUGGAAGAGAGCGCUCAACAGACGGUCAUGACACCGUGUAAAAUUGAACCUAGUAUCAACCAUGUCCUCAGCACCAGAAAGCCCAGGAAGGAGGACGGAGACCCCCUGCAGAGGGUUCAGAGUCACCAUCAAGGGCCUGAGGAGAGGAAGGAGAAGGUGAUGUACUGUAAGGAAAAGGUUUAUGCUGGAGUCGGCGAGUUCUCCUUCGAGGAGAUCCGAGCUGAAGUGUUCCGGAAGAAACUGAAAGAGCAAAGGGAAGCCGAACUGCUGACCAGUGCAAAGAAGAGGGAAGAAAUGCAGAAACAGAUUGAGGAGAUGGAGAGAAAGCUAAAGGAAAUCCAGACUAUUCAGCAGGGAAGAGCUGGGGACCAGCAAGAAGAGAAGGUGCCUACAGAGGAGGCAGCCAGACUGCAGAUUGCUUCACAGCCUCAGGAAAUGCUGGGAGUGUCUCUGUCCCGCUCUGUCUGCCCACCAAGCUCUCAAUCCAGGGAAACCUCACCAGCUAAAAGCAUUUUGCAAGAACAGCCUGACUCUAAAGGUCCCAGCAUGCCUUUCUCCAUUUUUGAUGAGUUUCUUUCAGACGGAAAGGACAAAAGUCCUGCUACAGAUUUUCCACAGGCUCUCAAAGCCCAGCGAAGACCCCUUGCAGUUCUCAAGACUACAGAAAUCAUUGCCUCAAAUGAGGAUGUAUCUGCUGGUGUUUGUGAUGAACUUACAGGAAUUGAACCUCUGACUGAAGAUGCCUCCAUCACCAGUUUCAGGAACGUGACCAUGUGUCCCAUCCCCGAGGACACCUGUUACUUUGCUAGAGCGCCUCGUUUUGCGUCUACUCCUUUCCAUGAGAUGCCGUCCUUGAAGGGCAUCCCUUCCGACCCUGAGAGACUGUCACAGGAGGAGGAUCUGGAUGGGAAGACCGCUGACGUCCAUCACACUGCAAUGGCCACUAUUUAUAGCCAGACCCUCAGCGUCAAGAAGCUGAGCCCAAUUAUUGAAGACAGCGGUGAAGCCACACACUCAUCUGCCUUCUCUGGAUCCUCUGCUUCCGUGUCGAGUACCUCCUCCAUCAAAGGCCUUCAGCUCCCCGAGAAGCUGGAGCUAACUACUGACGCUGCAGAAAAUGCUGUUCAGUCACCCUGGUGUUCACAAUACCGACUCCAACUACUAAAAUCCCUACCAGAGUCAAGUGCUUUUGCAGAGUUUUCUGUGGAAGACAGACCAAUGCCUACCCUGGAAGUAGGGAAGGAAAUUGAGUUAGGCAGUGAAGACUACUGCAUUAUACAGGAGCACCUGAUAUGUGACGACUACAAGUUACUCUGGGUGGCACCAAGAGACUCGGCCGAGUUAACCAUGAUAAAGGCAUCUUUUCAACCUGUCCCAUGGGAUUUCUAUAUCAACCUCAAGUUAAGGGAGCGUCUAAAUGAGGACUGUGACCCGCUCUGCAGCUGUUGCCAGUACCAAGAUGGCCAUAUCGUUUGGUACCAAUAUAUAAAUUGUUCUACCCUUCAGGAUCUUCUUCAACACAGUGAACUUGUGACUCAGGAAAUAGUAGUCUUGAUUAUUUAUAACCUCUUGACAAUAGUGGAGAAGCUUCACCGAGCUGAGAUAGUCCAUGGAGACCUGAGCCCACAGAGUCUGAUCCUCAGAAACAGAAUCCACGAUCCCUAUGACUGCAAUAAGAACGAUCACGCUGUGAAGAUCGUGAACUUUUUCUCCAGCGUCGACCUGAGGGUACAGCUAGACGCUUUCUCCUUCAGUGGCUUCCGGACUGUACAGACCCUGGAAGGACAAAAGAUCCUGGAGAACUGUUCUUCUCCUUACCAGGUGGAUCUGUUGGGAAUAGCAGACCUAGCACACUUACUGUUGUUCAGGAGACACCUGCAGGUCUUCCAGGAUGGACUCCUCUGGAAACUCAGCCAAAACACUUCUGAGCUAAAGGACGGUGAAUUAUGGAAUAAAUUCUUUGUGCGGAUUCUGAAUGCCAAUAAUGAGUCCACAGUGUCUGUCCUGAGGGAGCUUGCAGCAGAAAUGAAUGGACUUUUUGACACCACAUUCCACAGUCACCUGGACAAAGCCUUGUGGAAGGUGGGGAAGGUAAUUAGUCCUGGAGGUUUGCUCCUCCAGCAGGACAGACAGACAAGCCCCUCACAGGUCCUUGCCUCCUAAGCUGUGCUGUGUUGUGGGAAGCAGCCUGCAGAUGCUGUCAUUUAAUUGGGCACACUUGGACACACUACCAGUUCUUUUCUCCAGUUUACUCUGAGUGGCAUGGUUUUAACAGAACACAGCCUCACCUAUUUUAUCCAAAAUGGAUUCUGUACACAUGGGUACUUUUUAGCCUUUUUGUUUCUACUUU